AUGGGUGCUACGAAUGGACAAGUUGUAGCUGGUGGCAAUGGUCAAGGAAAUCGAUUGGAUCAAUUGAGUUAUCCAACCGAUGUGUUGAUUGACAAAGAGAUGGAUAGUCUCAUUAUUUGUGACCUGGGCAAUCAACGAGUCGUACGAUGGUCUCGUCGUAGUGGUACAACUCAAGGAGAAAUCCUUAUCGACAACAUCAAGUGUUGGGGAUUGGCCAUGGAUGAUCAGAGAUAUCUCUACAUCUCUGACAUCGAAAAACAUGAAGUAAGACGAUAUCAAAUAGGAGACAAGAAUGGAACUAUCGUAGCUGGUGGCAAUGGCAACGGUACUAGUCUCAAUCAAUUCAGCACUCCAACCUACAUCUUUGUCGAUCAGCAACAGACUGUCUACGUGUCAGACUACAGCAAUCAUCGUGUAAUGAAAUGGAAUAAAGGUGCAAAAGAAGGAAUUGUCGUCGCUGGAGGCCAAGGCAAAGGGAAUGCCCUGACACAAUUGCCGAAUCCUCAAGGACUAUUCGUCGAUACAUUGGGUACCAUCUAUGUGGCAGACUGGUGGAAUCAUCGAGUGAUGCGUUGGCCUAAAGGAGCAAAACAGGGCACUGUCAUUGUGGGUGAAAAUGGUCAAGGAGAAGCAGCUAAUCAGUUCAGGUUUCCCAUCGGUUUGUCUUUCGAUCGACAUGGCAAUCUCUAUGUCGUCGAUUGUAACAAUUCUCGUGUUCAACGCUUUUCAAUCUAAUAGACUCGUCGUAAUAGAUUUUUUUUUGCGCUCCUUUCGUUUCAAAUAAAUCGCAUUGGAUUGAUGAAAUGAAUGGCUUAUUCUAUUCGCGCGCGCGCGACCAGGAACCAUCCUGGUGGAGCCGUGGCGAGCGUAACGCUCAUGCACGCACAGGACAGACUCAUAUCAUUCAUACCCUCCCCGCGAGAGAUAUGUCAAUGAGUCUGAAUAAGCCUGGUCGUGUGCCACGGACACCAAGAUAGUUCCUGGCCAGUGUUUAACGUCUAACCUGGGAAGACGAUCUAACUAACACCCAUAACUCUAUCUCACUUAUCUUAGAGUAGCCCUAUCCUCACUCUCACUCAUACCUUAUCUAUCUCACUAACUAUAAAGAAAUCUAUACUUACAAUUCUAUUAAUUGAUAUUGAAUACACGACGAUGACUAUCUAAAAAGAAAAAUUAGUUUAAUGUUAUAUAAUGACAAAAAAAAAGAAUGAGUUAACUUACCCCACUGUUACCUUGUCAUAGUUGAAAAUAUUCAUCGAACCUAAGACAAAAGAAAGAAAAAUAAAUUAAAAAGAUUAUAGGAGGUCUUACUUCACCAUCCUUAUAAUCGUUAAAUAAAAAAAAGAAAAAAAAUUAAAACUGAUACCUACAUUUUUUUUAUUGUAUGGCUUCAUCUUGAUUUGAUUAAUUUUGUAUCAUCAAGGUCAAUCUAAAAUAGAAAAAGAAAAAUGAUUAUUAUUUGAUUCAAAAAUUUGAAUGAUUUUACAUAGAAAAUCAUUCGUAUAUAUACGCUGAAAAAUCAUUUUUUUUUCUCUCGUCGAAAAUGAUAUACAUAUUUAAUUGUACAU